UAUUCACUAGGAAGACGGUGUUGAUAUAGGAAGGGUUGUCUUAAACCAUCAGGCGCUCAACAGAAGGAGAGAUGUCGAGGCCUCCGUCCUCCCAGACCACCCCUCAGUCCUACAGGGUCAGCGAGAGAGACCUCACUGAGAUCGAGCUACAUUCUGUCGACUCUAUCAAUGAUCUGCACCGAACACACCCUGAACACAGCCACAAAGGGUCGAGGCCUCCUCGUCCUGCUUACUCCCCGUCCUCGAAUGGGAAUCUCUACACAAGUGACAUGACAGCUGUCAAUCAAAGAGGCCGUCCAGUCAGCAGCAAAUGGCAGAGUCGUCUACAGGAUAUGCUCACGCCCAGUUCAUCGCGUGCCUAUGCCAUGGGCUGCGCUAUUAUCACUUUGCUCCUGUUGACAGUGUUACUCAUCUUCUACUUUUUGGUCCAGCAGGGCGGCGCCGUCCGGAUGCUGACUGAGGCAGUGAGGGAGAAGGAGGCGGCAGCAGCAGAGCUGUCACUGCUGAUCCAAGAACUGCAGGCACUGAGACGCAACCUGACAGCCAUGAGAGGAGGGACGUGAUAUACACAGAAAACUACAUGUAUACAUACAAACACAUUCACAGGACAUGAGAUGCUUAAAAAUGCAGUAAAACAGUAGAGUUUUACAGUAGUUUUUCCUAGAAGAGAAAACACUUAAUGCUAUCUGUGUCUCAAGAUCAAAUGCAACUGAUGAAAUGAAACCAUGUAGUUACCAGAUGGGAGGUUUCUUAAAAAAAACAUUUCCACUCUGUCUAACCCUGGCAAACUGUAUGAGAGGACUUUUUAAUAAAGUCAGAUGCUCUGUGAUAACACAUCAAUAAAGCAGUAGAACUGUUUGGAUGAAUGUAUAUAAUGAUGAAUGUCUCAUACGCGUGGAGCAACACAGAAAAAAUGUGGUAUAUUGACAAAAAGUAAAACUGACUGUGAUUUGAAACACAAAUCAUUAAAUGUGACAAUAAAGACAAUACUGUUUUCCUA